AUGAACUCAUUUGAACGCCAUCGCGCGGCCGGCAACGGCGCGUUCGACAGCGGACGGUUCAUCGAGGCAAGCGAAGAAUACACGCAGGCGUUACAGUUCAGUAUCGAAAAAUCCGAAGCCCACGACGUUUGUGUCGUUCGCGCGAAUCGAGCCGCGGCGUUCUGCAAGCGACAGAAAUGGCAGGAAGCUAUGGAAGACUGCUCGUGGGUCAUUGCACGACCUUUAGAGGCUGGUCCUGUAUGUCUCGCUAAGAGUUUAUUUCGGCGCGCAUUCGCACACGAAGGCAUAGGUGACGCAGAGUCUGCAAUCCGGGAUCUGCGAGCCGCCGAAAAGCUGUGCCCGAACGACGCAUUCAUAAAGAAUCAUUUGAGGAAUUACGAGUCGCCGUACCACUUGGCCGUAGUUCUCAAUCGCGCGUCGAAAGAAACGUUGGCGCGGCAAAAACAGUUUCGACGAUUCAAGCCAGAGACGAGAGUCUAA